CACUCUAACCAGAGAAUUUCUUUGACAGCUUUUGCCUUCCUUGGACUCAGAGCCAGAGCUCGCGACCAUGCGAAACAGAAACAAAGCUCUGAAGAGGGCUCCUCCCGAACCCGCCAAGCCCAGUUCUGGUCCUCCGGAACAGGAUUGGAGUGCCUUCGAAGGAGAAAGUCUCGGUCUUUUGCUCGAAUCGAUUCGAGGCAAGAUUAAGGUAGCUAGAAGUUUGGAUGGAGCGGCCUUGCCAGAGAAAAUAUGGCUCAAGCAACAAUUUGCAAUUGGGGUCAAUGAAGUUACUCGCGUGCUCGAAAGAAUGCCUCCAUCUAAUGACGCAGAUGACUGUCCUCCAUCCUAUCCCCGGCUUCAGGCUAUUCUAUUGGCAUCCGACUGCAACCCCCGAUGGCUGACCCGGCAUCUGCCAAGUCUAGCCUCAUCGAGGAAGGUGCCGCUGAUCUUUGUCAAAGAUAAGAAGCGGGGAUCCCUAAGGCUUGGAGAACUCGUCAACUUGAAAACUGCAAUUGCAAUCGGAAUAAAGGCUAAAGGAAAUGCUGUCAACCAUAUCAUCCAGAAAGUUCUUUGUGACAGCGGCAGCAUUAAUGUUGAAAGCAAGAGCGCGGGCCAGAGUCUGCUAAAUGGAGAAAUUAAUAGGAAUCAGCAGCCUGGUCAAGCAGGGUGAGAAGAACCAAUUUUGCCUUUUCACAAGC